AGUCUGACAGAUUUUGGCCCUUCUUCAAAGCGGAAGUCUCCUGUUGUCGCGCUUCCGGUCUUCUCUAACAGCAUGGCGAACUUGAAGCAUGCUGAAGACGACCCAAAACAUGCUAAAGUGUCCGGGGGACUCCCAGAGGCCGUGUGCCGCGUCCAGCCGGCGGAGGGGCUCUCUGCGGACGCGGUGUCGUGCGCGGUCCCGUCCUUCGCCGCCGCGUCCGCGCUGCUGUCGGCGCCGUACUCGUGUCUCGUCAUGAACACGCACCGCAGACACGUCGCUCUGCCGCCAAUGUACCUGAAAAAGAAGAGGAGCGGCAUCCGAGAGGAGCUGGAGGCCGAGCUGCUCAAAUUCUCUCCGAGACUGAAUGGAGUUCCUCUGGCUUACGACAACAUCACCAUAGUGGACCAGCAGGGACACAUUUAUGACGACAGCGGCUACAUCCACAUGGACAUACAGGCCACCUUCAUUGUCUUCCAGCCCGAGAAGGGACACAAACUCCUGGGAAGGGUGAACAAGCUAGGUGCGAGUCACGUGGGCUGCCUGGUGCACGGCUGCUUCAACGCCAGCAUCCCCAAACCCAACUUGGUCUCCGUGGACACCUGGAGGGUUGCGGGGCCCAGGAUCGGAGCAGAGCUGGAGUUUGAGGUGACCGCUCUCGAUGCGGACACAGCUGGAGUUCUGCUGAUCAGAGGACGACUGGAGAGAACCAGGGUCCAGGAGCUGAUGGCUAUGGGUGAAAGUUCAGAGUCUGUUUUAGCUGCAGAUGAGCCAGAUGCACCAGACCCAGACCCUGCUCCAGAACAGACAGAGGAGCCUCCAGAUGACACUCCCAAGAAAAAGAAGAAAAAGAAGAAAGACAAAGUCAAAGAAGAAGAGACAGACAUAGAGAUAGCAGCCUUGUGCCAGGAGCACGGAGACGCCCCGGAUGAGGUGAACGGCAACGAAGCUGUGAGAGAGAAAAAGAAGAAGAAAAAGGAGAAACGUGUCAAGGAGGAGGAGAGGGAGAUGGAGAUAGAGGUGUCGCCGAUGGAGGUCCACGGGAGCGACUCGAGCGGCUACGUCAGCGACAAGCCAAGCAAAAAGAGGAAACACCAAAGUGGCAGCGACGCCACAUCUGGGUUCAGUGAAGAGCCUGAACCGCCCAAAUCCAAGAAGAAAAGGAAAAGCAAUGCUUAAAUGUUUGGAAAUGAUAUUGUUAAUGACUGAGACACCAACGAGCCUUAAUACAAGAGGGGGACUUAAACAGAGAAGACGUGUGGGGGCUCUGUCUGCUGUCACACGCCUGACACGAGUUGUUAAUGGGGUGUGAUUCCACCCCGCUGCCUGCUGGGGGAGCAACGCUGCUUCUCAUAACGUCUGCGCGACAAUGGAAGCUUUGGCUUCAUCUGUGGGAAUGAGAGUAACUUGCUGGGUUUUUAGAGCCAGACUUGACAACGACUGAUGCAACACAAAGGAAACUGCCAAAGCCGUCUUAUAAACGCUGCCUCUGGUGCCUCUGAGGUGGUUCUGGAAGCUGCGGGAGAAGAUGAACUUGUUGACUGGGAACUGAAAGAAUCACCAAAUUUGAUCCUAAUUAAAAAGCUUUAUGGGUGGAAAUGUUUGCGUUGUUCAAUUAAAAUUAAUUCACCACUUACAGUCGAACGGAGCCUGCAGCGUUGUACGUUUCACACCAGAGCUUAAUUAGUGGAAGUCCACUACUCAUAAGAUCUUUUCAUGCUAAACUCCCUCCCGCAGCAAACACUUUAAUGCUGACAAGUGGGUGUUAACUGAUAAAGCGCUGAGAGACAGCCUAAAGA